AUGAAAAUAUUCUAUCUAUCUAUCUAUCUAUCUAUCUAUCUAUCUAUCUAUCUAUCUAUCUGCGAAAGUACUAAGGGGGUGGGGGCUAUCUAUCUAUCUAUCUAUCUAUCUAUCUAUCUAUCUAUCUAUCUAUCUAUCUAUCAUAUUGACAAACCUACGGCCUCUCAAUCAAUUUGUUUUCCCAUUAUCCUCUUCAUCCUGCAUAUCUCUCUCUCUCUCUCUCUCUCUCUCUCUCUCUCUCUCUCUUUCUCUCUUACUGUGAUAAAUAAAAUAGAACUAAUAAUCUAUCUAUCUAUCUAUCUAUCUAUCUAUCUAUCUAUCUAUCUAUCUAUCUAUCUAUCUCAGCCUGAGCAUUAUCUAUCUAUCUAUCUAUCUAUCUAUCUAUUAUCUAUCUAUCAUCUAUCUAUCUAUCUAUCUCAGCCUGAGCAUUAUCUAUCUAUCUAUCUAUCUAUCUAUCAUCUAUCUAUCUUCUAUCUAUCUAUCUAUCUAUCUAUCUCAGGCUGA